AUGUCGGUACUUCCAAAUGAGGUUCCCGAGCGCCAUCCGGAGACGGACGACGAGGGCAUCGAACGCGACUCUGGCGAUGUGGAGGAGGACCCGACGGCAGGUGCCGUCUCCCUGGCGCGCGUGCUCGAGCACCUGGGCCCGCCGUCGGCGGCGCAGGCGGACGCGCACUACCGCGCCGUGUGCCGGGCGCUGGUGGCCGAGGCGCUGGAGCUCGCCUCGUUCCUGGAGCGCGUGUCCGAGGGCACCGGGGAGCUCCAGGCGCGCGCCGAGGCGUGCGCCGACCUGGGCCAGCUGCAGUUCGCCGACUGGGCACGCCUGUGGGUGCAGGUUAUCCACGAACUGCGACAUGGAGUCAAGUUAAAGAAAGUCUCGUCGCAAUGUUGCCAACGCACACCUAUCGAGUUCGAGCUGACACCUUACGAAAUACUCAUGGACGAUAUUCGGUCCCGAAGAUAUAAGCUGCGGCAAGUCAUGGUGGAUGGCGAACUUCCACCCCGAGUCAAGAAAGACGCACACGCUGUGAUCCUCGAGUUCAUCAGGAGUCGACCGCCGCUUCGAAGGGCUUCGCAACGCAAGCUCAAUCCCCCGCCCAAACGCGCCGCCACUCCCCGCGAGAUGCUGCUGGACAGCAUAAAGAGGAGCGGCAUGCACAGACUGCGGCGAUGUGAGUGCUUACGCUACUUAUUUCACGUGCAUGGUGAACAUGGGAAAGAGGAAGCUUUCCUGGAGAUACGU